AUGUCGGGGGGUGGUAAAGACAGGAUCGCGGUGUUUCCAUCGCGUAUGUAAGUUUUUUUUUAUUUUCAUUUUUAUUUUUUGCUUUUUCAAAAUAAUUUUCUAAUUUUCGAUGCUUUCCAGGGCGCAGACUUUGAUGAAAACUCGUCUGAAGGGAGCUCAAAAAGGUCACUCGCUUUUUGAAAAAAAGAAGGCGGAUGCCCUCAACAUGCGGUUCCGAGACAUUCUCAAGAAAAUCGUGGAGGUUGGGUUUCCUUGGUUGAAUUUCAAUAAUAUUCAUACUAUUCAUUUCCGUUCUCUUGAGGCAUUGUGCUCAUUGACACUUUUAGAGAGAAAGUGUCCAAAAAUCUGUAGUUCAGACUAAAUAGUAGAAUUUUCGGUUUCGAGGAACGGCGAGUGGAGUAAAUUCUUGGGCUAAGAAGCUGCAAUGCAAGUCACUUAAUUGACAUUAAAUAUUUUACUCUUUUCUUCACCUAACUAACGAAAAAUAUUCAAUGAUAUCGAUUGUUUUUUUCCGGCCAGUCAUUUAUGAAAUAUAGUCUUUGACUUCAGAUUUAAUCUGAAAAUAAAAAUUGUGUUCAUUUAUUUGCUUCGAAGUUUUUUUUCACCGAUCUAAUUCAGCUGAACAUGAUGCUGUGUUCAAAGUAAUUUCCGCGAAAUGCAUAAUGGUCUCUGAUUCUCCUAAAUUCAGUUAUCUUUUUCUUUCUCUGACGUUCAUUUCGCGUUUCGCGGAACCACUUCGAACGCGGCAUGAAAAAUAUUGAAAAGAAACAGUUUAAAAAAAUAUUAAAAAUUAUUAAAUCUUCAAUCAAAGUUUUCAGAACAAAGUGUUGAUGGGCGAGGUGAUGAAGGAGGCCGCCUUUUCGUUGGCCGAGGCCAAGUUCACAGCCGGAGACUUUUCUCACACAGUCAUCCAGAACGUCUCCCAGGCCCAGUACCGUGUCCGCAUGAAGAAGGAAAACGUCGUCGGUCAGUUAUCCCGAAUAUGGUUUUUUUGACGGAGCAAAGUGUGAAGGUGUGUUUCUUCCCGUGUUUGACGCCUAUCAGGACGGCCCUGACGCCUACGAUCUGACGGGUCUUGGCAAGGGUGGCGCCAACAUCGCUCGUCUCAAGAAGAACUACAACAAGGUGAGGCGUUUCUAUUUAUUUUUUUAAACCUUGAUAAUUAGAAAGUGUGGUUGAUUUCAGAUUUUGACGUUUUUCUAGAAACGAAAAAAAAAUUGAGCCAAAAAAAAUAGCUUGCGCUGAAAACUAGGUCAAUUUUUUGAGAACGAAGCUUCCCAGAAUCGUAAUGUAAAUUUACAAAUACUGGUUUUAUUUUCAACAAUUAAAAAAAAAUUUUUUGAACGAAAGUUAUCAAAAAUUCUUAUGUUAUGAGCUUCUUCCCAGUCAAAAAAACUUGGACUCGAAAUUUAAGUAUCACGCUAAGUUUCUGACGUUCAAUGAGUGCAUUGCUGACUUUCCAUAUUUUCAAAUGGUGAUUAUUUGUCUAUAAAAUAUUAAAAAAUGAUGAUAUGAAAUAUUUAUGACAUAAGCUUUUGGAUUGGCUUGUUUCUACGCAAUAAUUUGCUAACUUUUUUUCCAGAGAUCUAUCUAGUUUCUCACAAGUUUAAUGUCGCAAAAAGUAUUGUUAUUAUAUGGUUCCUAGUCGAGAACAUUUCUCACCGUUUCAAACAAAGGUAGAAUGUUUUUUGGAUAAUGGAAAUCGUUGCGUAGGUGGUUCCGGCUGAAAAAAGAAAGGAGUGUUUGUCAGAAAUAAGUUCUCUUUCUUUUUAAACUCAGCAAAGAUUAUCGGGAAAUUUUGCAGGCGAUCGAGCUGCUUGUCGAGCUGGCGACGCUACAGACUUGUUUCAUCACCCUGGAUGAAGCUAUCAAAGUGACCAACCGUCGUGUCAACGCCAUCGAGCAUGGUGAGGAUGCUUGAAAUUCCGUCGUUGAAGAUCAGAUUUCAGUUAUUAUCCCGCGCAUCGAGAAUACUCUCACUUACAUCGUUACCGAGUUGGAUGAAAUGGAACGUGAGGAGUUCUUCAGGUUAGUUCGGAAAACAUGUUUAGAUUGCUUUGUCUUUGUAUUAUAACUAAAAGUUGAUAAUUCUAAACUUCGACAAUUUUCAAUGGCAACAAGCUUGAAGCUAGAAAAUGUUUUUUUAAACGUUUUCCUCGGAGGUUCCAGUAUUUUUGGGCAAUAUAUUUUACACAUGUACAUCUGAGAAGAUUCAGUCGGCUUUCGAUAAAUCUGUUUCGGCUCAAUGAAUUGGUCGCACGUGGACAACUUGCGUUAGACGAAACCUCAAUGAGAAACUUUUUCGAACCUUGAGAGCCUAAGUGGAAUCGUCAUGCAAAUUUUAGAAUUUUCGCGAUUGAAAAAUUGAAGUUUGAAUCAAUAAUGUUUUAUCUGAAAACAAAUUGAAAAAUCAUUCGUUUCCAGAAUGAAAAAGAUCCAGGCCAACAAGAAGAAGCUCAAAGAGGCUGAAGCCGAAGAAAGAGCCAAGGUGAGCCCAAAUGAUUUUGUUUCUCAAGAAAUGUGUCGUUUUCCAGAUAGCAGCCAAAAAAGGGCCGUCCCAAGAAGAGGAAAACGAACCGCCGCGUAAUUUGCUCUCUAAUGAGGAGGACAUUCCCAUUCUAUUCAAUUAAGUCUUCCACGUCUAGCCGAUUUUCGAAUUCAUUUUCCCGAAUGCAGAAAUGUUUCUAAUUCAAAAUUUUGCCUAAUUAGGUACUGUGUAGUGGAUUGUGUCGGUAUGUAAAAAAAAAAAAGAAAAUUUCGCUACUUUCCCUAGUUUAACAGCUCUCAGUGGCAGCCUUAGCCGUUGAAAAAAAGUUAAAUACAUUCCAGUCCGAUAGAUUUCUAACCGAUACCGAGUCCUCCAUUUUCUCUCCAUCUUGUCGUGAUUGACCGUGGUAUCCUUUGUAAAUUAUGAUUGACAGAUACACAAAUAAAUGUUUAUUUACACGAGCUCUGAAAAGAGGUGUUUUUGACAGCACGGCGUUGCAUCAAUUUUGGCCCGUUUUUCGUCGCUGCAAACAACCCCACGAGUACAUAUCGACCCGCGGCCUUCCGCUCUCUCUCCCCCUAUUUUUCAUUCUCGUAUGUCGUUCUUCUAACUGUUUCCGGCGCUCCAAUCAGGAUCAUGUCGGUGCUUUUCGACCCAUCCAUCGUCAUUCUUCGCGAAGAUCAGAGCGUUAAGGUCUUCAAUGCGUUGCUCGUCGCUUCUCAGAUCUUCGGUGAGGAUUUAAGAUACUUCGGAUGCAAAAUCUGUGCGAUAAAGUAGGGAAUGUUUUCCUUUAAAGAAAAAUGAAUGAAUGUCGUUAUUUUAUCACUCAAAUCGAAAUUUUUGAAUUUAAUUAAAGACUUCAUAGAGGUUUCAAGUUCAGAUGAAAAUCCUUCACAAAAAGGUUGACAUUUUUCUUAUAGAAACUUUUUUCCCCUUUUUUUGCUACAAUGCAUAGAUCAACAAUCAGGUAUUUUUUCUGAGCUUAAAUUUUCAACUUCAAUUAAACGAUUGAAGUCGAAAAAUAUUAUUUUUUUAAAAAAAUUCUAUUCCAUGGGCUGGUAGUUUUCUUUGAGAGGUGAGAGGAAGGAGACGUGAGAAAUUGCUUCGAAAAGGAGGGCGUGAAAAGCCAAUAAAACAUCCCUCCUUGAAAAGAUGAGAAAAGAAGCUUUUCGCACCGUUUUUAAAAACACCUAACUAUUAGUUUGUCAAGAAACGGAUUUCGUUUUUCAAUGGUUGACUUCAAACAGGCAUAUCUCGUCUCAGAAGGCUUUUUUUUGACUGAUUCAAAAUUUCUAAAUUACUUCGAAACCUUGACUAUGAGAAAAAUUUAUAUAAUAAAAAUAAAUGACCGACGUGCCUAAAUUUUCUAAACUCAUGAAUUCAUCAAAGUCUUAUUGACAUCAUGUUAAAUUUAAGGGCAUUUCUCACAUAUAAAGUUUCGAUAAAAUCUUUUUAUGUAAAAUUUGAUACACAUACAUCAAGCUUCAAAUUGAUAUAUAACAUUACGGUAUCGAAAAAAAUAUUUUGUACUGAACUCCUCGUCAAAGUUGAAGCAUCAAAAAAACGAAAUCCGUUACUUGAAAACUUAAUAGUAAAGAAAUUUUUUUGUCAUUUCGAUCGAAUGAAACAAAUACAACGAAUAAAAUUAAAUUAAACACCUACCAUUUUAAUCACUGUAAAAAACAGCUUGGGUAUAAAAAAAGUUGAAAAAAGUGAAACGCUUGAGAAAAAUAAAAUUAUAUAUUCUUUUUCAGAUUUAGUAUUCAAAAAAAUUAGGACUCUGGCCAGAAAAAAAUUUGCAGAAGCGCUGUACCUUUUUAAAUAUAAAAAAAUUAUCUUCGAGUUUCUGACUUUACAACUUCAAAUGAAAAACAUUUCCUGUAUAUAAAACUUAAAUCUAAAAACAUCAGGUGGAACGGCUGUUAUGUUCGUUGCGAUAUGGAUGAGCGGUUUUGGGAACGGAUUCGCGUGGACGGAAGAUCCUGACCGAGAGUUCAACUACCAUCCGACUUUCAUGGUCAUGGGAAUGGUCAGUUUCAUCUCGAAAAUCAAAUUUAGCAAGCAACCAGGUGUUUCUCUACGGCGAAUCGAUUCUCGUCUACCGCGUCUUUAGGAACGAACGGAAGAAGUUCAGUAAAACCCUGCAUGUUAUCCUGCACUCGGUCGUUUUGGUCUUCAUGAUCACCGCCUUGAAGGCCGUGUUCGACUCUCACAACCUUCAUAUGAAGGAUGGUUGGUUUAUCUUCAUUUUUUGAAAACUUCUUCUAAUUAAUAUUUAUAAUUCAUGGACGCCAGGUUGUCAAUCUUCACAAUUGAUCUUUUAAAAGUCCUUCAUAAUUUUUCUAACUGUAUCGAUUCAAGAAUCAGAGGUGUUCAAAUCAUACGGUUUCAGGUCAACCAGCACCGAUUGUCAACCUCGUCUCCCUACAUUCUUGGAUCGGCCUUUCCGUCGCCAUCAUCUUCUGUGCUCAAGUAUGAAAACAUUUUCGCCUGGUAUUCUGAUUGAAUAAACCCUUGAGUACGUUCUCGGCUUCAUGACUUUCUUUUUUCCUGGAAUGCCGAUUCCGAUCCGACAGCUGGUGAUGCCGUUCCACCAACUCGUCGGCGUCGUUCUCUUCGGUUUCGUCGCCAUCACCGUCGGAAUGGGCAUUUCGGAACGCGCGGCAUGGAAACACAAGUGAGUGACGGCGGCUUUGGCUCAUUUGCAACUGAAGACGUCAGGUGCUGGACCCAGGACGGAGAAAUGUGUAGCGAGCAGUUCAUAUCUACCCUCGUCGGAAUCUGCACCUUCAUCUACGUCACCAUCGUCCUUGUCCUCGGUUUGUCUUUCAAAGUUAUAGAUUUUUUGGAGAUUAACUCCAUCUUCUACGUCUACUGGUUCAUCGCAAAAGCUUUCAGUGGCGAAUCCUCGUUGGAAACGACAGCCACUUCCAGAAGAGGAAGGUCUCCAUCAACUCACCUCGAGAAGCAUGGACGACUGA